UCUAUGGACAGAGCAGGGCGCCGGACUUGAGCGCACAUAGCGGUGGAGCUCCGCGGGAGGAAGUCCACGCAGAAAGCCAGACAUUGACACAGGACAGACGAUGAAGAGAAGAGCAAAUGGAAAAGAUCCAGGUUGUUUUCAUGGGAGAAAAAGACAAAGUUGAAUCAUUUCCAAAGUGACACAAAGUGGGCUAAAAGGAGUUUAGGAGUUUUGGUGCUGCAUUCACUGCCUCCUUUUUUGGAUGUAGUCAAGAUGCCUUAAGUGGAUCAGGUUUGCCCCUCACUCGGAUCCCCACAUCAUCACCACCCGUUUUUUCCUUCCCCGCCGGGAUGGUCCGCCUGCUCAGCUGCCUCCUGCUCGGAUAUGUCACUUGGAACCUGCGGAUCUCGAACGCCCAGGGGGAGUACUGCCACGGCUGGCUGGACGGUAACGGCAACUACCACGACGGCUUCCAGUGUCCGGAGGACUUUGACACGUCCGACGCCACCGUAUGCUGCGGUUCAUGCUCGCUGCGCUACUGCUGCGCCGCCGCGGACGCUCGCCUGGAGCAGGACGGCUGCACCAACGACCGUCCGGCGGACAACACCGAGUAUGCCGCACAGCCGGUCUACAUGCCCUUCCUCAUGGUGGGCAGCAUCUUUGUGGCUUUCGUGGUGGUGGGCUCCCUGGUGGCCGUCUACUGCUGCACCUGCCUGCGUCCCAAGCAGCCCACCCAGCAGCCCAUCCGCUUCUCGCUGCGCAGCUGCCAGGGCGAAACCAUCCCCAUGAUCCUCACCGCCGCGCCACCCAGCAUCCGCGCUCCCUCGAGACAGUCCAGCACGGCCACCACCAGCUCGAGCUCGGCGGGGGGCGGGAGCUCCAUGAGGCGCUUUUCCAUCGGCGGGCAGCAGCAGCAGCAGCACGGUUGCCUGGUGUCAGCUACCGUCUCCUCGCCGGCUUCUACUCCGACACAGACGCAUCAGACAUUGCCUCCGCCACCGCUGCCGCCCCCUUACACGUCCCCUCAUGCCCUACCCGCCAGCCAUAAUCCCCCACACCCCCCUCAGAGUGCCGCUUUCCUGCUGCCCCAGCAGUACUUCUUCCCCCUGCAGCCAGACCCCUUUGCUUCUGCGAAAGGAUUUGCCGACUUUGGGCAAAGUUGACAGUUGGACGGGACGGGGACGGAGAGGACAAUUAGUCUCGGGAGCUGAUUGGACGACCUUGAGAGGACAUGCACUUUUGUAUAUUAUGUACAGAAAGACAUUCCGGAACCAGGGAUUUCUAUUUUUGACAAUCUGAAAGAUGUGUUUGGUGUCUCAGUGGACCGAAGCGGAGGCUGCCAGCUCUCAGCAGACUUCACAGCAGGAAUGCGGCGCUGAGAUCCGUCAUUGUCAGUGCUCAACGGGCCUGUCGGUGGAGGCUUAGGUUGCAUCAACAGGUAGCGACUGGUUAAAAAAAAAAAUAAAGGACUUCUCCUGUGUGUGCGGCGCCGCUGCUUACCCGACUGUGAAACUGAACCCGGAAUCAACACUGGACCGUCUUCCCUUGACGCAUCGCCGCCGUAGCAACGUUGAUUGUCAGGAUUUGUCACAUUCCGCCUGUCAGCUCUUGUCUGUUCUUGUCACUUUCUAUCAUCUUCUGCUUUUCUUGCAAAAUACACUUUCUCACGACCUUUACUGAAUAUCUUGACUUGCAUCUUUUUGUGUGAGGAAUCACUCAAAAAGCAAAUGAUGGCUCACAAAUGUUCCCAAAACUAUUGGGACAUCCACCAUUAAACCUAAAAGGAAGUGGAAAAACAAACCAGAAAAAUGUCAACUUAUUUCAUGAACUUUUUAAUGACUUUGUUGUUUACCAGUCUAGCGUAAAUAUUUAGAAGCUGUCCCUCGGCAUCUGAUGUCUCCGCCCUUUCCUGUUUAGUUGCGAAUAACCAGCACGUCACCAUCGCGCCUACGUUCACGUAAACGGCAAAGACGGAAGAAGUCGGACAUUUGGUUUCCUCCAUGAAUGUAAAGUUUAUUUCAGUCGUCCUCUGCGGACAAUAAAAGACAACACUUAUACAUUUGCAGUCCCGACAUGCAGAACAAUCAUGAAAGCCGAAAACAUGAGCAGAAAGAAACGUUAAAUCAAUUUUUUUUGUCUGUUUUGUAAAGUGAAGUGGUACAAGUUUGUGUUAUCCACUCAUGCAGCGCACAACUUAGAGUUCGGAAAAAGAAAAAAAAACCUAAACAAAGACGACAACAACGUCCACAUUCAGCAACAGUUGACAACUUCAAAGCAGUUGGAGCUGUCCUGUUACAAACGCCAUCAAACCCAAAAAUCGGACAGUAAGAGCAGCGACGGAAAAUAAGCUACCUUGGGAGCGGCGGCUCCCCAACUGAGCAUCGUAAAGUCCAACAUUUACCAAAAACGCUCCGACGAGCCCACGCGGAACAUGCAUCUGCACACAGGAGGACACCAUAGCUAGACCUGGGCUUGUGCACAUGGACCAGUAUGAGCAAGCAUCAAAACACACACACGCGCGCACACAUUCGUACAUUUAAAAACAAAACACACACCAGGAGAUAAUACGUCAACAACUUCCAGUCUCGUAUACGGACUACCAAGGAUUGUUAGGGCUACACUGAAAAGAACAAAUAAAUACGUAAAUACAAAAAUUGACAAAAAAGUUCUAAAUAUGACAAUAAAUAAAUAGAAUAAAUAUCACAAAAUAAAGGUAGAAUAUUCUGAAAAAUGAGUGCUAAUUUUAACCAAAUGAUGUGGGAAUUUAAAAAGUCGUAAUUUUACAAAAAUAUGAAUGUACUACAGUAAAGAUUUUUUAUGCAGCUUUUGUAUGCCUAAGUUUUCAUCAAACAUUUUUGACAAAUUUUUGUCUCAGUUUUCAUACAAUAUUGCACGUAACAAACAAAAAGGGAAAAACAUUGCAGGUGACAAUAAUUUGAUUCCAUCCAUUUGUCAUUUUUAUAUACUGUAUAUAUGAUAUAAAAUAAAUACUUUUUAAAUAUUUUUGAGUGUGUAAUAGGAUUUACAUUAUUUUAU